UCAAAAGUGAAACGUGGUGCGCGUCGGUUGUCGGUCGUGCAGCAGCUGUUACUCAGGCAGGCGAGAGCCACAAAUACUACGCGUACAGUGGAGGCGCUAGUACCGCUUUCCUAUCGAUCGUCCGCUGGAUCCGCGAGUGUUUAUUUAUUGAUGUUUUACUCUGCUGCUUCGGGAGUAUCUUCGGUGUCUGGUCCGGUGGCUUGAUGGUUGAUGGUCGGUGUAACGGUCUGUGUGGAAUUCAAAAUUUGUUUUUGUUUUGUUACCUCUCGACCUGGCCGCGCGAUAGACGACGGUAGAGGUUGCACCGCUCGAACUCCUGGCAGACCAUCCUUAAGGACUAACGAGUGAACAGGACAGGGGACGAGAUUGAUUAUCAGUGAUUACGGACCGUGCUUUAUGUGUGAUAGUGACAACGGAAGGUCGAUCCUGCUUGUCUGCUUCUAAUCCAGUCCAAAACGCGAGCUACGAGCGAACAUUCACACUAACCAUCGACAGGCUCCUGCAGUCUAGUCUGGUCCCGGACAGGAUUGUCCCCGAAAACAGUCCCGAAACUCCGGAGGGAAUUAAGAAAGGACCGCGGCCCUCCCCCCCCGGCUGGCGACAGCAUUAAUCAAUUAAUUAACGUUGAUCGUGAUGGCGCUGGUGGACUAAAUCAAGCUAAUAAACAUACAGAAAACGGCCACCGCGCAACCGGAACGCGAACGAAAGGGGAAUCGGAUCGGAUAUUUUUCGAUUGCCACCCGUACCCGUACAGUGCAGUGGAGUGUUGGGAAGAGUCUGCUGAGGCCUGCUGUGUUGAUACGGAACUUCCGUUAAUCUGCCUCGGUAAUUGGCCCUCGGCGCCUCGGUACAUCGAGCAGCGCGGAUUUAGAGUGCCAGAAAGGGGUCGAAACGCCACCCCGUAAACAGUUGGUUCCGGUGAUUUCACGGAAUAGACGGAUUUUUCUCGCGGAACAGCUAGAGUUCACCCUAAGUGCUCAUAAUGGUGCGCAUCUGAUAACAAAAGUGUCUCACGUGCUCGUGUGUUCGUCUGGGUUGUGCGUGCGUGUGUGUGUGUGUCUAUUUGUUUUAUCAGCGUCCCAGCGAAACACGGAACGGGACAUCGCGUUUAUUGGCACCAAUCAUAAUUCGUCUGGUCGGUUGAGCCCCGGCGGCCGAGAGGAGAGAACGGUGGUGCCCACGAACGCUGUCUGCUACCUCCUACUGUUGGAUCAUUUAUGAACCAUCUCUCUGUCGCGGGUAGACCGCCCCUCGAAAAGGAAGUGCUCGAUUGUGCAAAUUCGUUGUCCAUCGUCCGUCGAUUGGCCGAGGGGGCGCGCUGGCUCGCUGGCUAAUCUCGUGGGUCAGCCACGCAAAUCGGGAGCAAUUCUCCUCCUCCUCCUCCUCGACGGACUCGCCUCCCCUUGUGGAUGAUAACGCCUGAUUGCCGAUUCUAGCUCGUGUGUCUGUGUGUCUAGAACGUGGAACUAGCGCAACGCAUGAAAGACACGGGGUGUAUCUGCGGCGCAAAACACCGGCCACAGCAAGUGUUGUUCUCCGGACCAGAAUUGUUCGAAUUGUUGUCUCUUUGGUGUGGUGGCGCAGUGUCCAGUGUACUCUUCGCGUUGUUGUUCCGGCCACAUCUGUGACGGAUUAGGCGUUCCCGGUCCCGUUCCUCGAGGAAUCUCCCCCCAAAAAAAAAACCAUGGCAGACGUCGAAUCGCAGAAGAUAUGCGGCAAGGCGAAGGCAAGGAUCACGCUGCCCGUCGCCAUCGAUGUGAUCAUACUGACGCUAGUUGCCUGUUUCCUAAUCCUCACCGAGCUCGGAUUGCUGCCGCAAGUGGUAAAACGUGGCUACUACUGCAACGAUCAAUCGAUCCGGCAUGAGUACAAGGGCGAUACCAUAUCGACCGUCACCAUACUGCUCAGUGGGCUCGUUCCGAUUGCUUUGAUAUGGCUGACGGAAGCGUUGCUCUACACACCAUCGAUCAACUGUACCAAAGCCGAUUCGGAGUCCCGGUGCCGUGGUUCGUGGCGCGAGGCCUGGUACUGGUCGACAAAGUAUGGCCGCGGGCUCGUCACUAUGCUAGUCAUCAUCGGUACGAUCAAGAUUUUUCUUGGAGAGCUGCGGCCACAUUUUUUGCACACCUGCAAGCCGGAUGUAGUCUGCGAGGGCGACGCCUACAUCACGUCGUACACCUGUCUGAAUGAGGAGGAAAGCUUAUACUUCAUACGGGAUGCCAGCAAGAGCUUUCCCUCGGGCCACUCGGCCAUGAGUAUGUACGAAGCUCUGUUUCUCAUUUGGUACUUGCAACGGCGCGUUCCACGGCUGCGCACGGUACUCACGAUUCCCCUGUGCCAGAUGAUUCUUAUGUGCUGGGCCGUCUUCUGCUCCCUAUCAAGGAUCACCGAUAACCGGCAUCACUGGUGGGACGUGCUGGCUGGAUCGAUUGCCGGCUGCUUGGCCGCCAUCAUGACGUGUCUCUUCGCCUGCCGUAAUUUUGAUGCCACCCGGCGAAAGCGAAAAUCCUCCUCCGUGUACAAGGACCACGACCAUAAGCUAAUCAACAACAGCAACGCAACGGCCACCGUCGGUGGCGUCAGUGUCGGUACACCGUUACACAAGGAGGAAAACAUCACGCUGAACCACGUGAUCCUCGCCUGACGAGUGUCACCGCAAUGACGAUCAUCCGGGCAGCGGCAACGGCGGGGAGGCUGGUGUUGGUGGUGGUGGUGGUGCGGUCUCGUCGGCAGAUUUGGUUUCGGAUCGGUAAAGGCAGAACCCCAUAUUCCACAGAAACAGUAUUCCGUGUUAUGUAUUGUAGCGAUGUUUUAAGUUACGACAAGUUUAUUUUAUUUUCCAAUUCAUCGAGCUCCCAGAACCGAUGGUUCAACGGGGAGCCCAUUGGUAUCCCCCGGUACAGCAAUCAACCACAAAACCCAAGGUAGACGACAGUACGCAGGGCAGCAAAGCGUGCCGACGUGACUGUAGUUUACUGGCUCGUAGAGAACACUAGCUAUGGCCACCCCUUUACCACAGGCAACACUGUAGCAUGAUAGCAAGUACCAAGCGUUCCGAGGGCGAAACAUGCGGAACAGAAUUGUGAUAUUAAUCCAUAAGAUAGAAAGAGAAGGAGAGAGAGAGUGCGUGGAAUGAGAUUUAGAGAUGUAUUUGAACUAUUGGAGGUACAAUGAUUUUAGUUAUUUAGCGCUAGCCAGUCCAAGUGUCGAAGCAAAAGUGCCAAACUCCAAACAUUAUGAACGAACGAUCGAACGCCGCUCGUGAUACGGAGCGAUGUUAACAGUCAUAACAAGAAGAUUAACAUUUGGAACAUUAUUUAAAAUACUGCAGGAAGAGGUAGGACAAGGAGAUGUAUUAAUGUAAGCAAGUAUGGGCAGAAUGGGAUUGGGUAUAUUAGAGAUAAAAUAAAUAUUGUAUUAUUUAUAAAUAACGAGGACGACAGUUUUCUGUUUCAUUGGUCUUCUUAUGAACAGCAAUGUACCACGAUUUU